GUUAACUACAAUCCAUAUGAUAAUCUUCAAUUCCCGGACCUGAAAGCAUAUUCAACUUUCGAGUUGGAAAGAAGGGUUUUUUGUAUAUCACCCUUAGAACAAAUCUACCUCAUCAACUUUAAUGAGGUUGCAUUUUUUCAACCCCACAAAUUUAAAAAACAAUAUUCUAAUGCACGUGCCGGGAAUAGAAGAAGACCCAAAUGGAAAUUGUACUUAAGAAGUGGUAGAAAAGGGAAAAAUUGGCAAGAGGUGAAAAGUCAUAAAAAAAUAUAUCAACCUUUCGAACAACAGUUGGUUACAUGAAAGACCACAACCUGAGGAACGGCUACCUGAAAGAGUACAAGGUGUUCCAGUAGAAGAGCCAAUUGAGGUGGAACACCAUAAUUUGGAUGGUGGUAUAAUUCUUUUCUCUACACCAGAAUUUGGAUGAUGAAACUAAGAUUUACUUCAGUUUAACUACUUUGUGUUGAUGCAAAUUACUUAAAAUAAUUCUUUUUUCAGAGGAACGACAACCCGAAAGAGUACAAGGUGUUCCAGAAGGAGAGCCAAUUGAGGUGGAACACCAUAAUUUGGAUGAUGGUAUAAUACCCGAAAGAGUGCAAGAUGUUCUAAUGGAAGAACCAGUUGAGGUGGAACACCAGAAUUUGGAUGAUGUCGUGGACAAUCAAGAGAAGCAUUGUGGAAGGAAAAGAAAAAGUGUAUGGAGUUCAAAAGAAAGUGAAGUUGCUCAUGAGGAGGAUGCAGGAGAUAACAAUGAAGAUGCAAAAACCAAUGAAGGUUGACGAUGAGCUCUCCCUAUAUCUGCUUAAAGAACUUCUUCCAUAUUUAAAACAAUUGAGUCAGAAAGAAAUGACUGAAAUUGAGAUAAAGGCUAGCAACCAAGGGCUCUCACUCUCGGAGCUAAGUAUAUCAAAGCUAGAUGACUUGGAUGGAGAGCGGUUGUACUGUGACAACUGCAAGACGUCAAUAUUUGCCCUCCACAAACACUGUCAGACAUGCGAAUGUGACUUUUGUAUCGCCUGUUGUCAUGACUUUUGUGAUGCACAGCUUCGAGAUGGUGCUGAUCCAAUUGAGUCAUGUGUUACUGCCAAGCCUGGGGUUCACAAACACCCAAGAUCUGAUAGGCAUGAGGAUAGUGAUGACAGAGUUUGCUGUGAUGGGUUUCUUGAACUGAAAAGCUUCUAUCCUCCAAGUCACAUUGCUGAUUUGGUAGAUGAAGCAGAAAAAAUUGUAGACAAAUACAAGCAUUACAUGAUUGCAGACAAAACUCAUAAGAACUUGCAUUCAUGUUUGAAUCGUAAGGCAGCAUCUCGUGAAGAGUCAAGCGACAACGAUAUAUAUUGCCCAAAGGCUAAAAAUGUACAUCCUGAGGAUUUACUACAUUUUCAAUGGCACUGGAGAAAAGGGGAGCCAGUAAUUGUCGGGAACGUGCUUGGAGGUGCAUCUAAUUCAUUAUGGGAACUAUCAGGCAUGAGCCGUGCAAUCUGUCUGAAGCACAAAAAAGUGAAGGUCACUGAUUGCUUAAGUCUGAUGGAGGUUUGUGCGAUUUCUCAAUCUAAACAUUGA